AUGAGAACACCGCAACAGAUUGCCGUCUAUUCCACGCUUAUUCUGAACGUCGCUUUAUGCGACCUUGUUGCUUGCUUCGCUGCUGUAUUCGUUCACCCAAGAUACGCUACGAUGUUCCAUUGUAUCGCUCAUUCCCUAACAAGCUUACUGCUCUCAUUUGCUUACCGUUACUACGUUUUGAUGUUUGCUAAUCCAAAAAGGCGCACCAUAAUCGCGAUCCUUAUUCUAGUCUACUUGCCAUCUUUUGUUGCUCUGGUGCUCUUCUGCUUCGAUGGCGACAGUGUCGCCGAUGUCAAGUUGGCUGUUGAGAAGAAUAUUGGGUACAACACGAGCUCCGAAUGCAUGGGCGGUCACCUGAAUAUUCUCAAAUGGAAGACUCUGGUCCCAAUACUUUACAUGACACUACCAGUCACUCCAACUUACAUUGCUAUUCUCAUUCUCAGGAAGCUUAUUAUCACAGCACUGAGCUGUGCAAACAUGUCCAAGCGAACUCGUGUUCUUCACUCGCAACUGCUCAGGAUAAGGAAAGGCGAGGUUGUGGAACCAGAUCAAACAUUGCAUUUCAACAUCUUCUUUUUCACUUGGAAGAGGCAGAAAUGCUACUCAACUUCUGAAAAAGACAUCUAG